AUACCCCUUCCACUUCCUCCAUGGCAUAACACCCACCCUCCUCCCUUCCACCAUGUUCGCUCUCUCCUCUCUGCUAUUGAUCUUAGCUUGGAGCGGCCGAGUUGUAGCACAGGCAACGUGCGAGAACUAUGGCGUCCAGAAUGGCUCCACUUGUAGUUGCCCGCCCGGGUUUGGUGGUCCAACAUGUUCUGAGCCCAGUUGCGGGGGCGAUAUAUUCCAAGGAUCAAGCAGAAACCUCUCACAAGGAAAUACAACGUCUUUCUCCAACUUAACUAGCUCAGGAUGUUCUUGUGAAUCUGGAUGGGGAGGCUUCGGAUGCAAUGUCUGUCAGAGCGCGUCGGCAUGCCAGACUGCGUUUGCAAAUGCUGGCGGGAAUUCGAAUGCCGCGAGCAGCUUGACUGGUAGCCAGAAUAACACGCUUGUGUGUAAUAAUGAGCCGACGGUCCAGGCGGCGGGACAGAUGAGUUGUAAUGUCGUCAACCCGACGUUACAAGCAAUUUUCCCCGGGACUUCAAACCUUAACAUCUUACGAACUCUGCAACCUGGAUUAACACCGUUGCCUAAUGUUACUGGUUUCGGUUCAGCAGGAUCUGCAUAUGCUCAACUGUGGUACAAUGGUGUAGAGCAGUUCUAUUGCACGGCGGAUUCUUGUGCACAGUCCAUCGCAGAUGAUAACUCGACAAAUUAUCAAUGUUCGGACUUGCAGUGCAAUUGUCGGACAAAUACAACUUUCUGUGGUGGUGGGGGAACUAAUAUUAAACCAACCAUUGACAGUCUUUCAGGAACGUUAACGAUAUCAUGCCAACAACCAGCAAACGGGUCAUUAACAACAACAUGUGGCUUCCAACAAGCCGUCCUGAACGGACUCUUCGGCAAGAAUGGGCUUUCACUCUCAGACUGUUCCUUCGGAGAAUGCGUUGCGCAAAGUGUCAUAGACACUUCGAACCCCUCGAGCGCUACGACGGAAGAUACGCGUAAAAGCUUGAGCGGAGGUGUUAUUGCCGGACUUGCAGUUGUAGGAGCGCUAUUGUUACUUGCGAUUCUGUUCUUGCUGUUUGGUGCUAUUCAGCAACGAAGAGCAAGGAAGGGGUUCUCUGGAGCGUUUAAAGAUGGUGGAGUUACAAUUUCGUGGAGGAACGUUUCUUAUAUCGUUCCGACUACGGGCCUUUUUGGCGCCUCUCGGCGGAAGUGGAACUCUGCAGACGGAUAUACAGACGAAAAAGUUAUACUGGAUAACGUGAGUGGACGUGUGGAACCGGGGCAGAUGAUGGCGAUCUUGGGACCUUCGGGUGCGGGAAAGACGACGCUUGUUGAGAUCCUUGCAGGGAAACAGAAGACAGGCGUUAUUUCUGGAUCGAUCUCGCGUUCAUCUGGUGGUGGUGUUACUACCUCAAACGCGCGUAUUGCGUUCGUACCGCAACAAGAUGUACUCCCUGCAACGCUCACAGUUCGUGAAGCACUCUUGUUCGCCGCAGAGUUGCGCUUGCCGGAAUCUAUGUCGUAUAACGAGAAACGUGCUCGUGUGGAAGAGGUUAUGGAACAACUUGGCCUUACGGCUGUUGCGAAUACACGUAUUGGCUCGUCAGAUAGACGAGGUAUCUCAGGCGGUGAGAUGCGACGUGUCAGCAUUGGUCUCGAACUCGUCUCUUCACCUUCCGCACUUAUCCUCGACGAACCUACGUCAGGUCUCGACUCAGUCAGCGCCGCGCGCGUAGCAGACGUUCUUCGCAACGUAGCGCACGAUCCGGAAAAACCAAUUCCGGUAAUUGCGAGUGUACAUCAGCCGAGUAGUAAGCUGUAUCAUAUCUUUGAUGGUGUUAUGGUAUUGGCGCAUGGGAGAGCGUUGUACGAGGGUCCUGGAGGAUUGAGACCGCUUGAGCAUUUUACGAGGAUGGGUGUGGAGGCUCCGCCGGAGGGGUAUAAUGUUGCGGAACAUUUGUUGGACGUUGCGUCUGACCCCGACCCGUCUUUGUUCUCGUCGUCUGCGAUGCAGAAGAGACCCGAAGAACAGAAUAGGGAAGUUGAGCAGCGAGAGCAAGUGGCAGAGUCGGAGAAGAGUGAGGGUGCGAGUGCUGGGGCGAGUAGUCCUGCGGAGUUGGAGAAGGGUGAAGUGGUUGGGGAGAAGAGGAGGCUGUGGAUGCGGAGAGGGGCUGGGGCUGGUAGGGGGAGAGGGUCACUGUAUGCUGCGACGUUUUUGACGCAGCUUCAGGUGUUAUCUGGACGGGAGUGGAAGAUCCUGCGGAGAGAUAAGACGCUUUUCCUUACGCACGUUGGUAUCUCCUGCGUACUUGGUGUCUUCUGUGGUGGCCUGUACUUCAAUACUGGCAUUACUAUCGCUGGCUUCCAGUCGCGCGUCGGGUGUUUGUUCUUCCUGGGAGCCCUGAUCGCGUUCUCGUCAUUGAGCGCGCUGUAUAACCUUGUUGAGAAUCGACCGCUGUUCUUGCGAGAGAGAUCGAAUAUGUACUAUAGACCUACUGCUUGGCUACUUUCACGACUCGUCUUUGAUGUUGUACCCCUUCGACUUAUACCUACUAUCAUAGUCUCCUCUGUGACGUAUUGGAUGGCGGGUCUCGCUCCCGAUCCGGCUCACUUCUUCAAGUUCUUAUUCAUCCUCGUUUUGUAUUCUCUAGCAAUGACUCUCUUCAAUUUCCUCCUUGCAUGUCUCUUCCAAAACGGGGGCGUCGCCAUUCUCCUUAGUGCGCUCACAGCACUCUACCAAAUGACGUUUGCAGGGUUCUUCGUACACCUAGGAGACAUCCCUCCAGUGUUGAGGUGGUUACAGUGGUUAUGUCCGUUGAAGUAUACACUUGAGGCGCUUUCGGUGAACGAGGUAGGGUCCGGGUUGAUGAUUGAGGAUACGUUGCAGGGUGUACCUGUGAAUGUGAGCGCGAGUUUGAUCAUGCAGUUGUUGUUCGGCUUCGGAGUGAACAACUAUUACCGAGACGUGCUCGUGUUGUUUGCGUUCAUUGCUGGGUUCGGACUAGGUGUGAUUGGGAUUGUGUGGUUUAAGAUGAGGGAGAGGCGAUGAACACUGACUGAAUACCGGACUUUGUUUCUAAUUGUGAUUGAUGAUUCCCGAUAUGUUUUUGACAGCCUUUUUGGAUACUUAUGCAACAUUGUUGACCUUCCUAUAUUGCGUUUUGUGCUUUAAAUCGA